GUAUCCAUGCCCGAUUGCGGGGCGAAUCGAUGGAGCUCUCAAGUCACGAUCUCCUCUGUCAGUCCUCCGCCAGCUUCAAUCCCGACUGACGAGAACCCUCAGCCGCCACUUCAAGCUCCGUCUUCAACAUACCGAACCCUCCGACCCCAGUCCCGACUGAAACCGAGACCAAGCCAACCAGCCCCCCCACCAUGGGAUCCCCAACCACGAAACCCCCCGUCCGCCUCGCCAUCCUCGAAGCCGACACCCCCCUCCCCGGCACAGCAGCCGCCUACCAGACCUACGGCAACGUCUUCACCUCCCUCUUCGCGCGCGCCCUCUCCCCAACAACAACGCCCGUGUCCUCAGUGCUCUCGAUCCGCGCCUACAACGUCGUGACGUCGGCGCCGGCGGCGGCAGCCACGUACCCGGACCUCGACGACCUCGACGCCGUCCUGGUGACGGGCUCGCGCCACUCCGCCUUCGCCGACGACCCGUGGAUCGUCGCGCUGGUCGAGUUCGUGCGCGCGGCCCUCGCCACGGGGGGCCGGGUGCGCGUCGUGGGCGUCUGCUUUGGGCACCAGAUCGUCGGGCGGGCGCUCGGGGUUCCGGUUGCGAGGGGGAGGAAUGGGUGGGAGGUUAGCGUGACGGAGGUUAGGUUGAGUGAAAGGGGGAGGGAGGUUUUUGGGGGGAGGGAGACGCUGAAAAUCCACCAGAUGCACCGCGAUGAGGUCUUCUCGUAUCCGGCUGGCGCGGAACCGCUUGCCGAGACGGACGUCUGCCCCGUGCAGGGCAUGCUGAUCCCCGGCAAGGCGAUCACGGUUCAGGGGCACCCCGAGUUUACCGAAGGGAUCGUUCGCGAGAUCCUGGAGUCGAGACACGACGUGGGCAUUAUCUCCGACGAGAUAUAUAAGAGUGGCAUCGAGCGCGUUGCGGAUGAGCACGACGGGGUUGCAAUAGCCCAAGCAUUCUUGAGGUUCUUGAGGGAUUGAGACUUCAUCAUCUUUGGGCAGCCUGGGGCGCGCCCUUCUAGGUUCCUGGGAUUUUCGAUGGGCAGCCUGCUGGUCCUGCUGGUAAUCUGCUUCGAUGUACUCGAGCGCUAUAUAGAUCGCGUUGCUAUAUAAAGCAUGACAGUUAUAUAAUCCGACCCCUUAUUUCCAAUAUGUACAGUACAAUAAUCCAUAUUCUUCGCUACACCCGGGUAUGCCCA